CCCCAGCUCUGCCUGGGUGAGCCAUUUGCUUUGAUCCCCUGAUCGCCCUCCCCGCCCCAGCUUCCAUUUCCCUCUUUUCUUUCGGUCCCCUCCAAAACAGCUGCGUCUGCGAGCUCGGUGAGUGCCUGUCUUCGAUCGUGCUACCCUGCCCACUCGGCUACCCGCCAGCUCCGAUUACGGCUGUGCUCAUUGGCCGGCGCCAGCGAUCCAUUGACGCAUGGCAGUGGGUGCAGCUUGCGGUGUUGAUCAUCGUUGCUCUGUCCUUGUGCUUGGCCGAGGUCAACAAGCCAGAGCAGCUCAUCUCACGCCUAGCGUUUCGAGCUCUUGUCCCUGACGUCGACGCAGUGCACAGCUACCUCCUCUCCGUUCCUCACCACCCAAGCCCCUUCAACCCAACAACAAGACACACAAUGAGCAAUCCCCCGUCGAUACCGCCCCGUCCGGCCCGGGCUCAGAACAACUCUGCACCCGCGCCCGCAAGCUCCCUCGAUCUCCCCAAGGUCCCCCCGCGCCCCAAGGGCCGCAUCGAGCGCUCUCAGUCUCCGCACAGAUUCGACCGCUCGCCGCUCAACAACCCAGCAUACGCAUACGGCGGCCCUCCAAAGGACACUCGCCGUCUCAGCACCGAAGUGCCCUCGCGCCCGCCAAGCGUAUCGCUCCCUUCCAUCGGCCAAGAAGGCAGCGAGUACGCCAGCUUCGACGAUCUCUCCAAGACGCUCACCAACGAGAGCCAUGGCUCGGUGCAGCAAUCCGCGGUCGCCAGUGACCUGCCCCUGCACGCACCCACAGCCUCGGUCCCGGGCUCGACUGCCAAGCGCAACAUCCAGGCCGUGACACGCACCGACUCGAACCAGGCGGCUGCAGCAGGCUUCGGCACCUUGACGCCGGAUGACAAGUCCACCCAAGCCAACAAGCCUGGCCGUUCCGCUAGUUCCAUCGGCUCGCGACCAGCCUCGAUCUACAACGACCAGGAGCACAAGGGAAUUCCUGAGAUCGGCGUCCAGGUGCCCAUGUUCCGCAACGCUGGAGACGUACAGGCACCUACGCCCAACCCGUACGAGCAGCAGGGCAGCUCCACCGGUGUUGGCUUCCACAACAAGCCCAGCGCCCGCCAUCACGGACGUACCAAGAGUGGCCGCGAAAUCUUCCACGGCCCUCCCGGUAGCUACGGCAUGCACGGACACGGAAAGAUCUCCAACGAUGAUUUCGAGAAGAAGUGGUACGAAAAGCAUCCAGAUGACCUGAAGCGCGAAAAGGCUGGAGAAUACGGACCGCACAUCCAAGAGAACAGGAAGGACUACCACUGGCGCGCCGAUGAUCUUGGAAAGCUGGUCCACGGAGCUCCCACUGAUAUUGGAUUUGGUACCUCGCGCGAAGCUGUCAGCACCCCGGAUGAGCAGAUUGGCUACCGCGCCACCGAAGAAUACGCGUCGAGGAUGGCAUCUCCCAGACCCUCGUCUUCGGCAAGCCGUCCCACCAGCAAGGCUGCCAACCAGGAAUCUUCACUGCGUUAUGAGGCGGAAACAGAAAGCCCGCAGCUGGAUGACAAUGGCGAUGUGAUUCACAUCGACCCUCCUGCCCACCGAAGCACCAAAGUCCACGGAGGAGGAUAUGACCCUCCGACAGAAGACCUUGGCCCCGAGGGUGGAAACACGGACGAGAAAGGUGGAUGGGUUACCGAGCGUGGAUACGGCACUCCAAUCCUUGCCUCUGACGAGGUACAGAAACAUCCCCACACCGAAUGGAGGCAGCCUGCUGUAUCACCCGAGUUGGAACGACACCACGAUGGCGAAUACACUGUUAACGAGGAUGGUACCCCUGCAUACAUCACAAAGCAACGCACACACAGCAGGAGUUCGAGCCGAAACAACAGUGUCCAGCAACACCGUGCCAUCCCCAGUCCUGCGCGCUUUGGUGACAGGGCUGGCGCUCCCUUGGAGUCGCACAAGGAGUACGAGCCGCUUUUCCCAGAAGACGAGGAGGAGGAUCAGAAACCCAAGACACUUGCCGACAAGGUCAAGCGACCCAACCUUGCUCGCCACCACUUCCCCAGCCAAGAUGUCUGGGAAGACGCACCUGGCAGUCUGCAACUCGAGACCACUGUCGAUACUCCCCAAGCUCCUGAGGAACCAGAGACUCCCGCAGGUGCUGAUGUCAGUGCGGCCAAGGUCUUCGAGCCACCAGAGACAGAAGAAAAGCGCAAAGACAACAUCACCAAGAAGGAUCAGGAAUCUUUCCUGCCAGAACACACCAAGCAAUUCGCCCUUGAGAAUAAGCACUUACGUGGAGUGCGUCCUAACAUACAAAGGUUCCCUAGUCAAGACAUUUGGGAAGACGCGCCAGAACACGGGCACCUCGAGACGACCGUGAAUGCUCCGCAAUCCCCGGACACCAACGAGUACGCUCCUGAGUCACCUACCGUGGAGAAGCCCACGAUUCCAGCUCGCCCUUCUGUGCCCGCACGCCCACAGAACGCACAGCAGGAAAGCUCGCCAAUUGACAAGAAGGCUCCCAUCAUCCCUGAUCGUCCCAAGCCACAGCUUCCCACACGUCCCAGCAAGCCAUCGCAACCGUCAUCGGAGAAUGUUCCAACCCAAGAGCGAGCUGUUGAGAAUGAUGCUCCACAGCCGAAAACCAAGCCCCCAGUUCCUGCUCGCCCGGCUGGCUCAAAGAUCGCUGCUCUUCAAGCUGGCUUCCUGCAAGACCUGAACAGCAAACUCGGUCUUGGACCGCAAGGUCCCAAGGUCAAGGAGCCAGAGGAGGAGAAAGAGGCAGAACCGACCCAACCCCUUUCAGACGCUCGCAAAGGUAGGGCUAAAGGGCCUCAGAGGCGUAAGCCUGCUGCUUCGCCAACUCCUGCAGCGACUGUCACUGCCGAGGUAGCAGUGCCAAGAGUCAAGCUCGACAUUGCUCCAGUAACCGCCAUCUGGAGCUUCGGUGAGGAUGGCUCUCUGGAUGUACCCGCUGCAAGAAUUGCCGCCCAGAUCCAGCACACAUUGGAUUCGCACACGUCAGCAGCAACGGAGCUUGAGGACAAAGAGCAGUCCAAGGUUCCGGGUGGUCCUGAGACCACUGAUGUUCCUGAGACCACUGAUGUUCCUGCGUCUGUCGAAGCCCCCAAGGUUGCUGAAGCUUCCAUUGUUGAUACUCUCAAGUCUGUUGCUGCCCCUGUGGUUGACGCUGCAAAGUCUCUUGCACCUGCAGAAUCGAGCUCCCAACCUGAAGUGCGAACUAAAGAUGAACCGAGUCUACUCACCAAGGUCAGCGAGGCUCUUCCUUCCUUGCAAUCCACGGACGAAUCGAUCAAGUCUGCACCAGGGCCGUCUGAGGCACCCGGUGCCUUUCCCGAAUCAGGCGAGCAAGGGAAAGCUAAAGUUGUGAAGAGGAGUGACACGCUGCCCGAGGCGGAGUCCCUACCCUCCACUAAGUCGCAGGGCGACGAGGCUGUGCCCACGAGCAUGAGGGAGACGGUCGCAGAUGCUUAGAGACUGCUCCUCCUGCGUCAUCAGAAUGGCAUAUAUGUGACCAAGAGUGAAAGACCUUGGGAUUGACCUCCAUGUUCUGUGUAUGUAAUAGAUGUCAUUCUUAGUCAGCUGGUAACUUAACAAUGUUAAUAUACAAU